AUGGCACAACACAACAAUGACGAGGUCCCAGCAGCCAGUGAAGUGAUGGAGACUCGUGCUGUUGCGGCGAAGAAGCGUGGAAGCUCGAAGGAUGUCGUGGCAUCAUUUGAGCAAAGGGUUGGCAGAUUGGAAGAUCGAUAUAACGAAGUUCAGGAGACUCAAGACUCGGUUGAAUCUCGCUUGGAGAAACUGGAGUCUGUGGAGGAUGUGCUUCGCGAAGAAACCCAAACACUCAUCAACGACAUGACAGAGACGGUGGAUGAGCGUACCCGAGGUCUCGAGAGCAUGUACUUGGCCAUGAGGGCCGAACUGAUGCGGGAGAUGAAUGAGCUCAAGAGUGAGCUGCUUGUCUACAAGGCUGCAGUGUUGAAUGGAGUGACUGGGGAGGCGCAAGCACCAAGACCCAGGAUCGACGUCCCUAAGCCGAAGGAGUUCAAGGGGAGUCGAACUGCCCAAGAUGUGGAGAAUUUCAUCUGGGGCAUGGAGCAAUUCUUCCGAGGCAUGGGCAUCGGGGAUGAUGCCACCAAGGUAAAUGUUGCUUCAAAUUAUCUUGCUGAUGCUGCUAUGUUAUGGUGGCGACACAGGUGUUCCGAGAGGACGGAUCCGGUCGGGACAUGGGAGGAGUUCGUGGGCGAACUCAAAGAGCAUUUCUACCCGAAGAAUGCUGUGCUCGAGGCUCGAGCAAAACUGAAACAGUUGAAGCAUGACCGUACAAUCUUGGAGUAUGUCAAGAACUUCACUGAGAUCAAGAUGCAAAUUCCCGACUUAGGUGAGUCAGAAGGGUUCUUUGCAUUCAUGGAUGGACUACAACGGUGGGCCAACUUGGAGAUCCAGAUGAGGGGAGUGAAAACUCUCUCCAAGGCAUUGGAUGAAGCCGAGGCCAUUGCCCCAUUUGAAAUAAAGAAGACCGACUCUCACAAACCAAAGCCAAAACCCAAAGGUAAUGGUGGGGGAGAGAAGGCCAGAGGAAUCUCCAACAAGCCAGCAGGGGGUAAUGGGAAGCAGAAUGAUCGACCCAAAAAGCUUUCCAAUCCUUGGGAGAAGAAGGGAGAAUUAUCGUGCUUCAAUUGUGGAGGAAAUCACAUGAAGAGGGAUUGUCCUCAGCUUAUGAAAGUUGCUGCCAUCAAGGAGAAUGAUGGGGAAGAGAAGGAGACCUUGAAGCUUGGUUCCAUCAUUAGUUCCAUGGAGAUCAAGAAGGGUCGCAAGAAGAAGGGACUGAUGUACGUAGACAUCACCGUGGCGGGCCAAAAGAUGAGUGCACUAGUGGACACGGGUGCCUCAGAGUUGUUCUUGUCCGAACAAGCUGCCAAGAAACUUGAUCUUCGUAUAGAGAAGACAAGUGGCUUCAUUAAAACCGUCAAUACCAAGGAGGUUCCGAUUGUUGGGGAAGCAAGAGGAAUCAAGCUUAGCAUUGGAGGAUGGACCGGGAAGGAGUCCAUAAAGGUAAUCCCACUCGAUGAUUUCGACUUUGUUAUUGGGAUUAGUUUCCUUGAUCGGAUUAAUGCGUUUCCCUUGCCAUUUGCCGAUUGCCUAGUAAUUUGUGAUCCGAAGCACCAAUGCAUUGUUCCGGUAAGUCGAGAGUCUGGAACCGAUGCCAAGAUGCUAUCCGCGAUCCAGUUCUCAAAGGGGGUGCGCAGGGAGGAACCCACCUUUGUGGCUUCAUUGGUGGGAACUGAGCCCACAAUGACCGAGGAAGUCCCGACUGAAGUGGGACAAGUAUUGGCAGAGUUUAGGGAUGUAAUGCCAACAGAGUUGCCAAAGUGUUUGCCACCGAAGAGAGAGGUGGACCACAGGAUCGAGCUCGUGCCGAAUGCGGAGCCUCCCGCCAAGGCACCGUACCGUAUGGCCCCACCGGAGUUAGAGGAGCUUCGCAGACAGUUGAAAGAGCUCCUAGAUGCGGGACAUAUCCGACCGUCGAAGGCACCCUUUGGUGCACCGGUGCUAUUCCAGAAGAAGCAUGAUGGCUCCCUUCGAAUGUGUAUCGACUACCGGGCUUUAAACAAGCUCACUGUGAAGAACAAGAAACCCAAUUCCAUUCUUCUCUUUAGAUAA